AUGUCGGAACGAGAGGUAAAACAGAUCCACGAGGAUCAGAAAAAAGAAGUAGCCCCAGCAGGUGUAUCUCAGGAGGGGAAUGAUGUCAAUGUAGAAGGUGGUGAUGAUGGUGAUUCUGUGCAAAGCUCCACCUCCAAGAAAAGAGAAUCAGAAGGUGAAACCAAAGCGGAACCAGAGAAAAAGAAGAAACAAAAGAGAAGAACCUAUGACGACGAUGAUGAGUCCAAGGUGGAGUCCGAGUCCAAGUCUAAGGAGAAGAAAGCCGCAAAUGGAGAGAAGAAAGAGAAAGAAGACGAUGAUGUAGAGGAGGAGGAUGAAGAUGACGAGGAAGUAGACGCGGAGGUAGACGAGGAGGAGGAGGAUGAAGAAGAUGACGAUGAAAAUGAGGACGACGACUUUGAGGGGUCUAAAUUGGCAGACGAAGAAGAGGACGAAGAAGAUGAAGACCAAUUGAACGAGAUUGAUGAAAGCAAUAUAAUCUCGACGGGCAGGCGUACAAGAGGAAAACAGAUUGACUUUAACGCAGCCUCUGAGAAGUUGGAUAAGGAGGUUGGGAUCUUAAAAGAGGAGGACAACGAGGGAGAAGAAGCGGAAGAGAAAGAGGAAGAGGAAGAGGACGCAAAAAAUGAUGACGGAAAAGAAGAAGGGGAGUAUAAGGAAACCGAGGAAGCCGUUGAAGCAUGA